AUGCCUUCCCUCCGGCCCACUUCCGUUCGUACCCGACUCCCGCUGCCCUUGGUUUCUUCCUCCGCUGGCGCACUCCGCUCUCUAUCCGUCUCCCAGCGUGCUUCGUUUGCUUCUUCCUCCUCCUCCUCCUCCUCCUCCUCCUCCGCCCCCUUCUUGCGCCUCUCUUCUGGUCUGCCAAAACCGCCAUCCUCCUCCCUCCUCGCCAGCUCCACCCAGAGAGCCUUCCCAGCGGCGAUCCUCCCUUCAACCUCACAGACACGCAAAAUGACAGGCUCCCGCCGGAAGAUCAAGGUGAAGAACCCUGUGGUGGAAUUGGAUGGCGAUGAGAUGACAAGGAUUAUUUGGCAAGAUAUCAAGGAUAAAUUUAUACACCCAUAUCUUGAUAUCGACCUCAAGUAUUAUGAUCUGGGCUUAGAAUACCGUGACCAGACCAACGACCAAGUCACCAUUGACUCCGCAGAGGCUAUCAAGAAAUACGGGGUAGGCGUCAAGUGCGCUACUAUUACCCCAGACGAGGCCAGAGUCGAAGAAUUUAAGCUGAAGCAGAUGUGGCUAUCUCCAAAUGGGACUAUCAGAAACAUCCUAGGCGGAACCGUUUUCCGUGAACCGAUUGUGAUUCCUCGCAUUCCCCGACUCGUACCCGGCUGGAAGAAACCAAUUAUCAUCGGUCGACAUGCAUUUGGAGACCAAUACCGGGCCAAGGACCUCGUCGUCCCCGGACCAGGCACCCUCGAGCUCGUCUACACGCCGAAAGGCGGCCAGCCCGAGCAUAUUAAGGUCUUCGAUUUCGAGGGCGGCGGAGUUGCCAUGAGUCAAUACAACACAGAUGAUUCCAUCGCCGGCUUCGCGCAUGCCAGCUUCAAACUGGCCCUCUUAAAAGAAAUGCCCCUGUAUAUGAGCACCAAAAAUACUAUUCUGAAGAAAUACGACGGGAGGUUCAAGGAUAUCUUCCAGGAGAUCUUUGAGGCGAACUACAAGAAGGACUUCGAUGCCAAGGGCAUCUGGUACGAACAUAGACUUAUCGAUGACAUGGUCGCGCAGAUGAUCAAGAGCGAUGGCGGUUUUGUCAUCGCCAUGAAGAACUACGAUGGCGACGUCCAAUCCGACAUUGUUGCCCAAGGCUUCGGCUCCCUCGGCCUGAUGACCUCCACCCUCACAACUCCUGACGGCAAGGCAUUCGAAUCCGAAGCCGCCCACGGCACCGUCACCCGCCACUAUCGCGAAUACCAAAAGGGCAACGAAACCUCCACCAACCCCAUCGCGUCCAUCUUCGCCUGGACCCGCGGCCUCAUCCGCCGCGGCCAGCUCGACAACACCCCCGACGUCGUCGUGUGGGCGGAGCAGCUGGAGCGCGCGUGCAUCGACGUCGUCGACGAGGACGGGGUCAUGACCAAGGACCUGGCGCUAGCGUGCGGGCGCAAGGAUCGCGCGGCGUGGGUGACGACGCGAGAGUAUCUAGAAGCGGUAGAGAGGCGGUUGCAGAAGAAUCUGGCGAAUGCGAAGUUGUAAAUUUUUUUAUUUUCUCUCUCUUCACAUAUAUUUCUCUGAUUUCUGAUCGAUUGGUGUUUUUUUUAUUCCUCUUUCUAUCUUCUUUUUGCUUCGUUCUCCGUCCCUUCUUUCUUUAUUUUUUCAAACCCCCGUUUACUUGCGGGAAUUGGAUAGAGCCAGUUGAUGAUGUUCUGUUUUGGUAGCAGGUAGCAGGUUAUAUAUAUACACGUGGGAUCUAUGAAAUGAGCCCUAACACCACG